AUGAAGUCCUAUACACUUUCUUCGAUCGCGCUCCUUGCGAGCGUGAUCCCAACGUCAUGGGCGCAAACGCACACCGCUUGCAACCCGCUCAACACGACUGGAUGUCCCAACAUGCAAGCUCUUGGCAGCAAUGCGACCUUCUACUGGAACAAGACGGGCAUUCCCACCGGCAGCAAGGUCUGGGAGAAGCAGAACCAGGGCGUGAUUGACUGGUCCCAGGAUGCCGGUGGAGAGGGCGCUGCGACCUUUACCAUUGAGCGCUCCGGCGACUCGCCCAUGGUGCAGUCCAAGUUCUACAUGCUCUUCGGUCGCUUUGAGUCUGAGGCUCUCGACGAGAUUGACUGGGAGUUCCUCGGCACCAACACCACCCACGUAUUGACCAACUACUUCGGCAAGGGCAAUACCACGUCGUUCGACCGCGGUCUGGAAUUCAAGAUGGACCCGCCCCAGGAUGAUUACCACAACUAUACUAUCGACUGGACCAAGGACCGCAUUGAGUGGUGGCUCGACGACAAGCUGCUCCGCACCCUUGUGCCUGCCGACGCCCUUGACGGCAAGAACUACCCCCAGACGCCGAUGAACGUGCGCAUGGGUGUCUGGGCUGGCGGUGAUGUCGCUAACAACGACCCUGGUGUCGUGGAGUGGGCCGGUGGUAAGACCGAUUUCAAGGAGGGCCCCUUCACCAUGAGGGUGAAGACCAUCUAUGCCCAGGACUACACCAAGGGCGCCGAGUACAGCUGGGAGGACAUGGACGCCAGCGGUUCGUGGGAGAAGGUCAAGGUUAUCAACCCCGAAGAGAAGUCCACUGUUCUCAAGGAAAUCGAAGACCCCUCCGGCGUGCGCAACAACUGGAAGGCUCUGUCUCCUGGCGCCAAGAGCGGUAUCAUCAUCGGCUCCCUCGUCGUGUUUGGUCUCCUCUGCUGCCUCAUGGCCUUCUGCUGCGUCAAGCAGCGCCGCGCAGGCAGGCGGGAACACGCGGCGUUGCUGGCGGGCGAGCAGAAGGAGGCGGCCGAGCUGGAGGAGUACAAGCGACAGAUGCAGAACGGCAAGUUUGGGUUCGGCAGCCACACCAACCGCGUCUAG